UGAGUGCGAGAGAAGCAUUGUUUGUUUACAAACUUAGUUCUACCGGUAGAAAGUAGUGAAGCUGUAGUUCUAUUUGGGGCGGUAGUAUGGAAGUUUCAGAAGAUUCUUAUUCAGUGGUGAUAGAUGUUGGACAUUAUACAGUGCGAAUAGGGUGUUCGCAAGAUGAUAGUCCAAGAAUGGAAUUGCCAUCUCAAGUUGGAAUUUUAGAUCAUUUGAGUUCGACGGAAGCUGGAAAAGCGUCGUGUUCCUACGUAACACAACCGAAAAAAUAUUUGUUUGGCAAUGAUAUUAAUAUACCCCGGGGCGGUAUGGAGAGCGCAUCUUUCUUUAAGGAUGGUAUGAUUGACGAUUGGGACUCAUUUGAAAAAAUGUUGGAGUUUGCUUAUGACACAUGUUUUCACUCACGUUCCGAACACCAUCCCAUUCUCAUUUCGGAACCGGCGUGGAAUGUAAGAAGGAAACGCGAACAAUUGACAGAACUUAUGUUUGAAAAGUUCAAGGUUCCAGCAUUUUUUUUAGUAAAAAAUGCUGCCUUAACCACGUUCGCAAACAGACGCACGACUGCGUUAGUGAUUGACAGUGGAGCAACUCAUACCUCAGCAGUUCCAGUCCAAGACGGAUUCGUUCUGUCACGUGGCAUUGUGCGAACUCCACUUGCUGGCGAUUUUUUGACUACACAGUGUGGAGAAUUGCUGAAGGGAUUUGCUGUUGAAGUUGUCCCACCCUACAUGGUUGCAUCAAAGGAAGCUGUUGCCAAAAACGAGAAGUCCAAGUGGAUGAAACACUCAAAUCUGCCUGCAGUCACUACAUCAUGGCAUAAAUUUAUGAUUAAAAGGGUAUUGCAGGAUUUUCAGGCAAAAGUUUUAGAAGUGAGCAGAUCACAGCUGCACGAAGAAAUUUAUGCCUGUAUACCACCAGCAACAUAUGAAUUUCCAGAUGGGUACUGUCAGGAUUUUCAUGAAGAACGUAUGCAAAUCCCAGAAGCAUUAUUUAAUCCAGAAAUGUUCCAACUAAGUCCAUCAUUGGGAAUUGGCUACGUUGUUAAAAAAAGUGUGUCAAGAUGCGAGGCAGAUGUAAGAGCAGCAUUGUAUAGUAAUGUAGUCAUUGCAGGUGGUAAUUCUUUGCUAAAGGGUUUUCCAGAACGUUUGUGUACUGAGUUGGCACAUAGAACGCCAAGCAGUAUGCGUUUGAAGGUCAUCCAUGGUGGUAGAAGUCGACGUAUUAGUUCCUGGAUUGGAGGGUCAAUUGUUGCUUCUUUGGGAACUUUCCAGCAAAUGUGGAUCUCAGCACAGGAAUAUGAAGAUGCUGGAAAAAAUGUGGUUGAGAAGAAAUGCCCAUGAAUUUCCAAGAACUGUUGGUAAAGAAGUUGAAUGCCGCAUGCAAAUAUCACAUGAUCAAGGAGAAACAAGACCUUGAUUUACGUAAUUGUUAUAUUAAGUACGUGAUUUACUUAAAAGGCGAAAAGAAACAGUAUCAUUCUGUGUGUGUGUGUAUGUGUGUGUGUGUGUGUGUGUGUGUGUGUGUGUUUGAGUUUGUGUUUUUUACACAUUUUGGUUGUGUUAUUUGUAGGUUGCUAUGUACCUUGUUGCACUGUCGACAACAGCUGUUACAUUUGUAGGCACUUCACUUCAGUGUGACAUUUUAAAUGUAUAGCUGAGUGCUUUUUGUAUGUGACAAGGGACAGCAACCUAUUGCAUUUUCAGACUGAUAAGUGAUCUUUUACACCCAAAUACUCAUGCAGGUUUCCUCAUCUAUUUGCAGUAAACUAGUCUCAUUAUGGCAUUUUUUUUCUU